AUGGCCCCUAAAACGAAAGCUGCUGCUGAUUCUGUAAAGAAAACAGUGAAAAGAAAUGUUAAGAAAACGGUCAAGGAAGCAGUGGAGCCCACGUUCCAGUACCAUAGAGUUGAAGGUAAGUUCAAGUUCGGUGCCCAUGUUUCUGUGGCCGGCGGUGUUUCUAAAGCUGUUACGAACGCCAUGAAUAUAGGCGCCAACUCUUUUGCUCUAUUUUUGAAGAACCCAAACCGCUGGGCUGCGCCUGAGGUGAAGGAGCUAGAAGUGGCUGACUUCAAGAGCCUAUGUGAAAAAUACGGUUAUAACCCGAGAACCGACGUGUUGCCCCACGGGUCUUACCUUAUCAACAUGGCUAAUCCAGAUGACGAGAAGUCGGAGAAGGCGUAUCUUUCGUUUGUGGAUGACUUGAAAAGAUGCGAGAAGCUUAAUAUAGGGUUGUACAACUUCCAUCCAGGGUCGAGCUUGGAUGGAGAUCACAGAGACGCAUUGAAAAAGUUGGCCAAGAACAUCAACAGGGCAAUUGCAGAAACGCUGUUUGUAAAGAUUGUUAUCGAAAACAUGGCAGGUCACGGCAAUUUGAUUGGCUCGGAUCUACAGGAUAUCAGAGACGUGAUCGAUAUGGUGGAGGACAAAUCUCGGGUGGGUGUAUGUAUCGAUACUUGUCACUCAUUUGCAGCAGGCUACGAUAUUAGAAGUGAGGAGAAGUUCAAGGAGUUCUGGGACACCUACGACAAAAUCAUAGGUUUUGAGUUUUUGAGCGCUAUCCAUUUGAACGACUCUAAGGCCCCCUUGGGUGCCAACAGAGACUUGCACCAAAAGCUAGGGUACGGUUUUUUGGGGCUUGAGGCGUUUCGGGUCAUUUCCAAUGAGCCUAGGAUCCAGGGGCUUCCCAUCAUUUUGGAGACUCCCGUUGAAAAGGAUGAUUCUGUCUAUGGGGAAGAAAUUAAGAUUCUAGAGUGGCUCGAAGGAAAGAGUGCAACAGAUGAAGAUUUUAAACAGAAGCUGGAAGAACUUAGCAAGCUUGGAGCCAAGGAGCGGGCGGAACAAUUAAAAAAGUUUGAAGUCAAAACCGCAAAGAAGAAGAGAGCAGCCGACAAAGAUAUUUCACUGCUCUUAAGCAAAAAGCGGGCAAAGAAAGAGGACACAGAUGACAGUGCAGUAAAUGGAGAAGUAUCUGAAGCAAACACCGAGGACGUUAAGGAGGAGGAGAGUUAG